AAUUAUGUUAAAUAUCAUCUUCAUGUAUUUAAAGCUAUGCCCUGUACUUCGAUGGGUUUUUUUCUGAAUUAAUAUCUUAAAAUUCUGUUAACUACCAUUUUAUAUAAUAUGAGCUUUCAAUCUUAUAUGAAUCAUACAUGAAGUAAUUACUAGUUGAAAGAAAAUGGAAGAAAAUGCAGAAAUUUAAAUUGUCGAUAACAUAACCCUAUAGAAAUGGUGAAAAUUUCUUCAUUUGAUAGAAUUUUCAUAACUUAAAAGCGUGUGAAAUGGAAGAAACAGGAUUAAUAGAUCGAUAAACGUCUUGACAGAGUUUUGGUACUGAAAUUACUAAAUAGAAUUUCUACUCGGCUAACGGCUUGAGCAGUUGAGCGUUGAAAUAUGGAAAACAGUAGAUCAAGAGACGGAGAGUGUUCAGUUUUUGUUGCAAACUUGGACAAUCGUGUCGAGGAAGAAACUUUGUGGGAACUAUUUCUUCAGGCAGGACCUGUGAAAAGUAUUUAUAUUCCUGGUUAUAAAGAUGGAAAACCAAAGUCAUAUGGUUUUGUGGAGUUUUCGUCAUCCGCGACUGCACAUUAUGCUUGUGAUCUUCUCGAUGGUAUUAAGUUAUAUAAUCAAGUGUUGAAUGUUCGUCCGCAUAAUUCUGAAAAAGAAAAAGGACUUGAUGACAGGUCAAUGCCAAAUAAUAUGAUUUCUGCUUCAGAAUUUUACCACAAUUUUUAUUGUAAUUAUGAGGAAGUCAAGUAUAGACCACACGGUCAAACAAGAAGAAAUCCUAGCUAUAAUUUCAAUCAUCAUCAAUGGAAUAAUUCAUUCACUCCACAACUACUCAACAGGAGCAUUUCUUCACCAUCAAGCAGUGCUAUGUUUGAUGAGUUAUCAAGAAGUGCCACUUACUGGAAUCAUACUUCACCACUUAGAUCUCUAAACUAUGAUCCACAGUACAUGAUUUCAUCUCCGCAAUAUACAAGACAUGGUACUUCAUUACCUGGUGUGCACUUUGGUUCAUCUGACUCCAGACAUAACUCUCCUUACCAAGGACAGUAUCGAUAUGAUCAAUAUUAUCAAAAUUAUCGCUAAGUUAUACAUUGCAAGAGAAUAGUUUGUGGCUAUAUGUCCAAUAAUAUUGGGUUUUUUUGGUACAAUGUUAUGUAUAGUUUUUUGUUUAUUGUUGAGGUAACUUCAUUUUCUACAAAGGUUGUUUUAAUUGUUUUGUAUUUGAUUAAAGCACAAUUUCAUUUGUUUGUCAAA